AAUUUCAUCCUCUUCUUCUUAGUUUGAUGGAUUGGCAGAAUUUUUGGAUAAAAGAUUCAUACUUGAAGGUUUUAAAAGAGUUUAUAAUUUGUCGGUAUAUUAUUGGUUGUUAGCACCAACUCUUUGUUGAGUGAUACACAUUACCAAAACAGCUUAACGUAUGUGUAAUGCAUGAUUCCUUUUUUUUUUUUUUUUUUUUUUUCAUAAAUCAUAAGUUAUAGCAUAUCCUCAUGAUUCACAUGUAUAAUUUUCCUUCCUUCCCCUUGAUGUAUAUCUUCAUCGAUCUCUUAUCAUUUACCUACAUCAACACGUAAUUUGUAUAUGCUAAAAAAAAAUUCGUAAUAUGUCAUGUCCGUAUCUUCAAUCUACCUAAUUUGUAGUAGAGAUUGACACGUAUUACUCUUAUUCGAUUGAAAAUAACAAUUUCCUCCCUAAUACAUGUUUAAUUAUCAAAAAGACAAUCAAAAGGUUUUUGAUUAACAAUUGUGAAACGUGCAUCAUUAUUUGAUUUCAAUUUUUCAAGUGUAAUAGUAUCUCUGUCUGCUAAAGGCUAUUUGCUUCCCAAGUGUUUUUGUUUUAUUUUUUAUACUCUAUCUCCACAACCAAAAGGCUCAAAAAAAAAAACCCAACUCAUCAAAAGCUUUGCAAUGCAAGUAAACAAAGCCUAAAAGACCCACCAAAACCACCACCACCCACCUACUUGGUCCCCAACUCACUAUCCCCGCCACCGCUGCAACCUCCAUGCCUCGCCGCCAUCCGUCAUCGUCCCCGCUUCUCAGUCCGCCGGUGCUUAUCAUACUGCUGCCCAUCAUCACCUUCCUCUUCCUCUUCUGCACCAUCCCUCCAUUUCUGUCCCUCACCUCUCAAAUCCUCCGACCCACAAUUUCCGUCAAGAAAAGCUGGGACUCCCUCAACGUUCUCCUCGUCGUCUUUGCGAUUCUCUGCGGGAUCUUCGCCAAGCGAAACGACGACGGAUCACCCGCCGAGGAGGAUCCUAUCCAAAAUGCUUCUGACCCGUUAAAUAAUAGUAUUGCCGCGAACAACACAACAAACACAUCAGAAGCCGAAGUCUUGCUUCCACAACAAUGGUUUGGAUUUUCAGAGAGGCCACCGGAAACCAGAGGUGGCCGGUUGCGGAGGAGCAGCAGCUCCUACCCAGAUCUGAGGCAGCUCGGCCAACAGUCCUCAUGGGAAUCUGGAGAUCACAGCAAGUCUCAGUUUCGCUUCUUCGAUGACUUCGAAAUCAACAACACUACUUAUCAUCGUACUCCGCCGCCAAUUUCGCGCCAAAGCCGCUCCCGUGAGUACUCGGAUGUAAUUAAGGAGAUUCCGGUGGACACUUUCGUACUUCGCUCUUCUCCUCCUCCGCCGCCCCAGUCGCCUGCGCCGCCACCUCCACCGCCUCCUCCGCUGCGUCAUCAAAAUCCGAGAAGGGCGUAUGAGACCGUUAGACGUAGAGAUCAUAAGGAGAAAGUACCCAACACUAACAGUGUUAUUGUUAAUGAGGCUCAACAAUUCGAGCAGGUUCGAUCUCCGCCACCAACGCCGCCGCCUCCUCCUCCGCCACGUCCUGCAGCGUCGCCAUCGCCAAUGCGGAUUCGGCCGGAGCAUAAACGUAGAAAGACUAACGUGAAGAAGGAGAUAGCUAUGGUUUGGGCUUCGGUUCUGUCCAACCAGAGAAAGAGGAAGAAGAAGCAGAAGCCCCCCAGUACCAGAGACAUUUACGAUACUGCCACCCACUCUCCGCCAGAACAACAAGUACGAGAAGGAGGAGGAGAAGGAGAGUAUUAUUACACAAGACCACGGUCGCAGCUCUCGCGCACUCCAAAGCCAAAAAAGUUCAUCCGUCUCGAAUCCACCAGCUCACCCCCACACUCACGAUCCACGUUGCGAAAACAAAAGAGUUGGAGUGCUAUUUUCCCGGCGGCGCCACCAACUCCGCCGCCAAAACCACCGCAAACACCUUCGCCACGGAGUGCUUCUGCCUCCAGUGGCAGGCCGCCAUUGCCCACGAAGACGAACAGUUAUUUAUCCGAGGAGAAUGUGAACAGCGGCUGCCAGAGCCCGUUAAUUCCUGGGGCGCCGCCUCUACCGCCGUUUAAAAUGCCAGAGCUGAGGUUUUGUGUGCGAGGGGACUUUGUUAAGAUACAGAGCGCACAGAGCUCCCGUUGUGGAUCUCCUGAAUUGGAGGACGUUGAUGCAACGCCAGGUAAGGAAGAAGAGUCGGAGUCAAAGUCACAGUCAGAGUCACAUAGUAGAGUCAACGUAAUGGACGGUAGAGAUGGUGGUGGUGGUGGUGGUGGUGGGCCGUCAGUGUUCUGUCCCAGCCCAGAUGUUAAUACGAAAGCUGAUAACUUCAUCGCUAGGCUGAGAGAUGAGUGGAGGCUUGAGAAGAUGAACUCGAUGAGGGAGAAAAAGAAGAUGGCCUAA